AUGGCGUACAGGAAGGUGUGCGAUGCCCAGGGCGGCCCGCUGGUCGGUGAGGUUCUGCACUGCUCUGGAGGCUUGGACCUGGACUGGGACCUGGACAAGGAGGAGCUGCAGGAAUCGGGACCAAGCAUGGACCGCAUGCAGAUGCAACACGUGGACUGCCAGAGAUCAGGGUGUUCAGACGCCGGUCCCGACCCCGACCCUGAGCUGAUGGAGCCCAUCCAGCCGUCUGUCUCGGUUUCACCACAUGGACGGUUUGAACGCCUCCAGGAAGAUCCCAACUACAUCUCCCACUUCACCAGAGCUCCUGGCCAUAAGGGCCAAAGACGGCUCCACUGUUUCCUCGUCAGAUACCUCCUAGCAGGGGUGGGACUUUUUGUCCUCGGCGUUCUGAUUGGCUGGUUCACUCACACGUCUUCCGUCAAACCACCUGUCCAACCACCUGACAGCUCCGAUCUGCUUGAGGACCUUCUGAGACGAAUCACAGCCGACAAGAUCGAUGCGCUUCAGAGGUCCUUCUCCAGCCUGUCCGACGACAGCGAGGAGUCCAGAGCCAGGUACCUCUACAGGCAGUGGGUCGGACUCGGUUUGACCGACGUCCAUCUGUCCAAUCACACGGUUCUGCUCAGCCUGCCCGGCUCCACGCCCAACACCAUCACCGACAGGUCCAGCCACCAGUGUUUUCUGCCCAACGGGACCCCCUGCGACCAGCGUGGACCCAACGACCUGCCCAGGCAGCAGUUCUCCUACGCGGCCUACUCCGCUGUUGGAAGCGUUCAGGGGGAGGUGGUGGACGUCCAGUACGCCAGCGUGGACGACCUGAGGAGAGCCAAAGACAGCCUGAACCUCACCAACCAGAUCGCCGCCGUCAAGCUCGGCCAGGCGCCUCUACUGUACAAGCUGUCCCUACUGUCUGAGUUGGGCUUCGGAGGUGUUCUUCUCUACAUCGACCCCUGUGACGCUCCGCCCGGCCACCACACCUGGCGUCAGGCCUUCAGAGUCACUCUGAACCCCGGAGGAAACCCCGCCAAUGGUGGGUUGUCAAAAGAGGCCGGAGGAAGUCUGACAUCUUUGUUGGUUCAGCCCAUUUCUGCCUUCCUGGCGAAGACGCUGCUUUCCUCUCCGUCCACGGGGCAGGGAGACGCCUGCGUUCCUCUCGCCAUGCCUCCCAACGCAGAGCGAAAGAAGAUAACGCUGACUGUGGGAAACCAGCUGUCCUACAAGAAGAUUUACAACGUUGUGGGAUACCUGAAAGGAAGGAGGAACCCAGAUCGCUAUGUGCUGGUGGGCAGUCGCCAUGACAGCGACCAGGGAGGCGGGACCUCUGCGAUCAUGAAUCAGCUCAUCGCGGCGCUGACGGAGCAGACCAAGCGAGGAUGGGUGCCGGACCGCACCACUGUGUUUUGCUCGUGGGGGGGCUCGGCCCUGGGGAACAUCGGGUCCUACGAGUGGGGAAAGGACAACAGCGUGGUCCUCCAGAGCAGCGCCGUGGCCUACGUCAGUCUGAACUCUCCGGUCAGAGGAACAGAGACUCUGAGGGCCACAGCUUCUCCAACACUGCUGCAGCUCACCUCAGACAUACAGAGGAGACAGUUGCUGAGUUGCAUUCGUGGAGGAAACUGCCCCGGACCCAACGUCAGCUCGCUGCAGUUGCCUGGAGAUGUGAGCUUCUUUGCCAACCAGCUGGCUGUGCCCACCGUGGAGUUCGCCUUCGAGCAGACCAAAGCAGAAGAGACUACCAGCUUCCUGUCGGAGGGACAGUUUUCUGCAGAGUCGCCGGAAACCCUGGACCCACUUUUCAAGUUUCAUGAGACCAUUGCUAAGAUGACAGCAGAAGCCAUUCUCCGCCUGGUCAACGACCCCGUGCUGCCGUUCUACCCUCUGGACAUCGCCCUGGACGUUCAAAACAAACUCAAAGGUAACACCGAUGAUGGCAUCAUGCUAGUGGUGGUGGAGAUGGUGAAAUGCGGUGGUAUGGAGGGAUUAUGGUGGAGUCCAGGUGCCCUGUACACCACCAACCAGCAACGGG